GCCGCCCCGGCAGUUGGUGCAGCAGCAGUUGGGGUGAGACCUAACACCCCACCCCUCCCCUCCUCCGGCCCCGGCCCCGGCCCCCACCCCGCCGGGCCCAACCCCGGCCCCGGCCCGGGCCCCAGCCCUAGUCCCCGUCCCAGCCUGAGCCGGGCCCGUCCCGUGCGGGCCGGUGCCGCCCCUCAGCCGGCGACGCCCCGGGCCGCCCGCCCGCCAGCCACCAUGGAGCUGGAGGACGGUGUGGUGUAUCAGGAAGAGCCCGGAGGCUCGGGGGCCGUGAUGUCAGAGCGGGUGUCCGGCCUGGCUGGCUCUAUCUACCGCGAGUUCGAGCGGCUCAUCGGGCGCUACGACGAGGAGGUGGUCAAGGAGCUGAUGCCGCUGGUGGUGGCAGUGCUGGAGAACCUGGACUCGGUGUUCGCGCAGGACCAGGAGCACCAGGUGGAGCUGGAGCUGCUGCGGGACGACAACGAGCAGCUCAUCACCCAGUACGAGCGGGAGAAGGCGCUGCGCAAGCACGCCGAGGAGAAAUUCAUUGAAUUUGAAGACUCUCAAGAACAGGAAAAAAAGGACUUACAGACCCGAGUGGAGUCUUUAGAAUCUCAAACAAGACAACUUGAGCUCAAAGCAAAAAACUAUGCUGACCAGAUUAGCAGACUUGAAGAAAGAGAAGCAGAACUGAAGAAGGAAUAUAAUGCAUUACAUCAAAGACACACUGAGAUGAUCCAUAAUUACAUGGAACACUUAGAAAGAACAAAACUUCAUCAGCUCUCAGGGAGUGAUCAACUAGAAUCCACAGCUCAUAGUAGAAUUAGAAAAGAACGUCCUAUAUCAUUAGGAAUUUUCCCAUUACCUGCUGGAGAUGGAUUGCUUACACCUGACACUCAGAAAGGAGGAGAGACCCCUGGAUCUGAGCAAUGGAAAUUUCAGGAAUUAAGUCAACCACGUUCUCAUACCAGCCUGAAGGUCAGCAAUAGUCCCGAACCUCUGAAGGCUGUAGAACAGGAGGAUGAGCUUUCUGAUGUUAGCCAAGGCGGAUCUAAAGCUACCACUCCAGCAUCAACAGCUAAUUCAGAUGUGGCAACAAUUCCUCCCGAUACUCCAUUAAAGGAAGAAAAUGAAGAAUUUGUGAAGAUUACAGAUACACCAAAUAAGUCAGAGAUAAGCAAACACAUUGAAGUACAGGUAGCCCAAGAAACUAGAAAUGUAUCUACUGGCUCUGCUGAAAAUGAAGAGAAGUCAGAAGUUCAAGCGAUCAUUGAAUCUACUCCUGAGUUGGAUAUGGAUAAAGAUCUCAGUGGAUAUAAAGGUUCAAGCACUCCCACCAAAGGCAUAGAGAACAAAGCUUUUGAUCGCAAUACAGAAUCUCUCUUUGAAGAACUGUCUUCAGCUGGCUCAGGCCUAAUAGGAGAUGUGGAUGAAGGAGCAGAUUUACUAGGGGAAUAUUCUGACCAUAAUUUCUUUGGAAUGGGUCGGGAAGUUGAGAAUCUUAUAUUGGAAAAUACACAACUGUUGGAAACCAAAAAUGCUUUGAACAUAGUGAAGAAUGAUUUGAUAGCAAAAGUGGAUGAACUGACCUGUGAGAAAGAUGUGCUGCAAGGGGAAUUGGAGGCUGUGAAACAAGCCAAACUGAAGCUAGAGGAAAAGAACAAAGAAUUGGAGGAAGAGCUUAGGAAAGCUCGGGCGGAAGCUGAAGAUGCAAGGCAAAAAGCAAAAGAUGACGAUGAUAGCGAUAUUCCCACAGCCCAGAGGAAACGGUUUACUAGGGUAGAAAUGGCACGUGUUCUCAUGGAGCGAAACCAGUAUAAAGAGAGAUUGAUGGAGCUUCAGGAAGCUGUUCGAUGGACAGAGAUGAUUCGGGCAUCACGAGAAAAUCCAGCCAUGCAGGAAAAAAAAAGAUCAAGCAUUUGGCAGUUUUUCAGCCGACUUUUCAGCUCCUCAAGUAAUACAACUAAGAAGCCUGAACCACCUGUUAAUCUGAAGUACAAUGCACCCACCUCUCAUGUUACUCCUUCUGUCAAGAAAAGAAGCAGCACCUUAUCUCAGCUCCCUGGAGAUAAGUCCAAAGCCUUUGAUUUCCUUAGUGAAGAAACUGAAGCUAGUUUAGCCUCACGCAGAGAACAAAAAAGAGAGCAGUAUCGUCAGGUAAAAGCACAUGUUCAGAAGGAAGAUGGUAGAGUGCAGGCAUUUGGCUGGAGUCUGCCUCAGAAGUACAAGCAGGUAACCAAUGGUCAAGGUGAAAAUAAGAUGAAAAAUUUACCUGUGCCUGUCUAUCUCAGACCUCUAGAUGAAAAAGAUACAUCAAUGAAGCUGUGGUGUGCUGUUGGAGUCAAUUUAUCUGGUGGGAAGACCAGAGAUGGUGGUUCUGUUGUUGGAGCAAGUGUAUUUUACAAGGAUGUUGCUGGUUUGGAUACAGAAGGCAGUGAACAGCGAAGUGCCUCUCAGAGUAGUUUAGAUAAGUUAGAUCAGGAACUGAAGGAACAGCAGAAGGAGUUAAAAAAUCAAGAAGAAUUAUCCAGUUUAGUCUGGAUCUGUACCAGCACUCAUUCAGCUACAAAAGUUCUUAUUAUUGAUGCUGUUCAACCUGGCAACAUCCUAGACAGUUUCACUGUUUGCAACUCUCAUGUUCUAUGCAUUGCAAGUGUGCCGGGUGCACGAGAAACAGACUACCCUGCAGGAGAAGAUCUUUCAGAAUCUGGUCAGGUAGACAAAGCAUCUUUAUGUGGAAGCAUGACAAGCAACAGCUCAGCAGAGACAGACAGUCUGUUAGGAGGCAUCACGGUGGUUGGUUGUUCUGCAGAAGGUGUGACAGGAGCUGCCACUUCCCCUAGUACCAAUGGUGCUUCUCCAGUGAUGGAAAAACCACCAGAAAUGGAAGCAGAAAAUAGUGAGGUUGAUGAAAAUGUUCCAACAGCAGAAGAAGCAACUGAAGCUACAGAAGGCAAUGCGGGGUCAGCUGAAGACACCGUGGACAUCUCCCAAACUGGCGUCUACACAGAGCAUGUCUUUACAGAUCCUUUGGGAGUUCAGAUCCCAGAAGACCUCUCCCCAGUGUAUCAGUCAAGCAAUGACUCAGAUGCAUAUAAAGAUCCAAUAUCAGUACUACCAAAUGAACAAGACCUGGUGAGAGAAGAAGCCCAGAAAAUGAGUAGUCUUUUACCAACUAUGUGGCUUGGAGCUCAGAAUGGCUGUUUGUAUGUCCAUUCAUCUGUAGCCCAGUGGAGGAAAUGUCUCCAUUCCAUUAAACUUAAAGAUUCGAUUCUCAGUAUUGUACACGUGAAGGGAAUCGUGUUAGUAGCCCUGGCUGAUGGCACCCUUGCAAUCUUUCACAGAGGAGUGGAUGGGCAGUGGGAUUUAUCAAACUAUCACCUCUUAGACCUUGGACGGCCUCAUCAUUCCAUCCGUUGCAUGACUGUGGUACAUGACAAAGUCUGGUGUGGCUAUAGGAACAAAAUCUAUGUGGUGCAGCCAAAGGCCAUGAAAAUAGAGAAAUCUUUUGAUGCUCAUCCCAGGAAGGAGAGCCAAGUGCGACAGCUUGCAUGGGUGGGGGAUGGCGUGUGGGUCUCCAUUCGCUUGGAUUCUACUCUCCGUCUCUAUCAUGCACACACUUAUCAACAUCUACAGGAUGUGGACAUUGAGCCUUAUGUAAGCAAAAUGUUAGGUACUGGAAAAUUGGGCUUCUCUUUUGUGAGGAUCACAGCUCUCAUGGUGUCUUGUAAUCGUUUGUGGGUGGGGACAGGAAACGGUGUCAUUAUCUCCAUCCCAUUGACAGAAACCGUAAUCCUCCACCAGGGACGUUUACUGGGGCUGAGGGCAAAUAAAACCUCAGGCUUACCGGGAAAUCGUCCUGGAAGUGUAAUCCGUGUAUAUGGUGAUGAAAACAGCGAUAAAGUGACUCCAGGGACUUUUAUACCCUAUUGUUCAAUGGCACAUGCACAGCUUUGCUUCCAUGGGCACCGGGAUGCUGUCAAAUUCUUUGUGGCAGUCCCAGGUCAAGUCAUCAGCCCACAGAGUAGUAGUAGUGGCACGGAUCUAACAGGUGAAAAAGCAGGGCCAUCUGCACAGGAGCCUGGUAGUCAGACGCCCUUGAAGUCUAUGCUUGUCAUCAGUGGAGGAGAGGGCUACAUUGACUUCCGAAUGGGUGAUGAAGGUGGAGAAUCAGAACUUCUUGGAGAGGAUCUUCCACUUGAACCUUCUGUCACCAAAGCAGAAAGGAGUCACUUGAUAGUAUGGCAAGUGAUGUAUGGCAGUGAGUGAGUCCAUAGGAAACAGGUGGAGAUGGGGAAGCCAUCUCUUCUGCAUGGUUUAUUUUUCCUUUAUUUAAUGCUCUUUUUGUGAGAUAAGUUUCACCACAUAAUGUGUGAGCAUUUUUUCCUGUUAACUUUAUAUUACAAAAUCUGUUCUACCAUAACAAUACAGAGGAACUAGCUGUUAUACUGCACCAGUGUUAUAGGUAACUUCAGUAUAUUAUGAACCAAUCAAAGAAUGUUUACGUCCUGCAAACUGGUGAAUUAUAGAAAGCAAUCCAGAUGUGGUUUACUCUGCCACAGUCUAAUGUCAUUCAUUUCAUUUGAUGGGGUCACUUUUUAGCUGUCACUAAUAAUGGAAUUAAUGGGAAACACUUGAUAAAUGAAACUGUACCCUUAAAUACAAUAGCUGAGUUUUCCCCAGUGUAUUGUAAAAUUGACACAUACUAAUAUGAGAUGGAUUAUCAGGAUUUAUCUAAAUGUCCCAAGAGGGCUAAAAGCUAACUGUAAAUUAUUCUAACUUUCACUUUAAAAUCUGACAAAUCUUGUUUAUAUGGCAUAUAAAACUUUGUUUUCAUCAGAUUUUUGGGGGGUUUUAUAUUAAAGAAAUUAAGACUACACUAUUUAAAUAAACGUUUCCUGUUUCUGACUUAUUAGAUCUCUAAAGUUUAUGAGGCCUACUUCUCUGAAUAUUCUGAUGGUUUUUUUUUUUUUUUUUUUUUUUGAGACCAGUCUCAUUUUCAUACUGACAUGUCUGAAAGGUUUAUUAUUUAUAAAGCUUAGAAUGUACUCUGGGAAGCUUAGAAGAUACUUCAGCACUGGGAGGAUUUUUUAAAGGAAAUGUGUUUUGUGUAUUUCUUGUACCAGAGAAUGGUGACGUUGAUUGAAUUUUUUCCAUGUAAAAAAUGUACCUGUUUGCCAAAUGUUUCUAGAUUGCUUUUACCUGUUGUAAAGUAAAACUGUAGUGGGGAUGGAGUCUGGCCUAAGUACGGAAUGAGGGAUUUAAUUAGAAAAGUUACUUUCUUUUGUUCUGUAUCAAACUGCAGAACAGCUGUAUACUUGGUAUUUUGUAUGUGAAUAACAUUUUAGCUUUUGUGCCCUUUUGAGCUUAAAGGGUUAUCUUCAGAGGGGAAACCGAUGAAGGAGAAGAAGACAGAGCUAAGAUACCAUAAAGUAAAGGUUGACAUUACGUAUUUUCAUUCACUAUGUCCAUUAAAAAAAAAAAUAGAUUAUUUUGGGCGUGAUGACUCACGCCUGUAAUCUCAACACUUUGGGAGGCUGAGGCGGAUGGAUUGCUUGAGUCCAGGAAUUCAAGACCAGCCUGGGAAACAUGGUGAAACCCUGUCUCUACAAAAAAAACCCACAAAAUAAAUUAGCCAAUGUGGUAGUGCAUGCCUGUAGUCUCAGCUGCAUGGGAGGUUGAGAUGGGAGGAUCACCUGGGCCCAGGAGGUGGAGGUUGCAGUGAGCCUUGAUAACACCACUGCAGUCUAGCCUGGGUGACAGAGCAAGACCUUGUCCCAAAACAGACAGACAAGCAAAAAAUAGAUUAAAGUCCGGAUUUAACUGAUUUUCUUGCUUAAUAAGUUUUUUAAAACCAUGAUGCUGCAAUUUUUCUCCCUCUCAAGCGUCUUGACAAUAUGUGAUUUACCCCUUUUUAUCUAUUACUCUAAGCAAAGCUAAAUACAAUUUUUUUUUGUUUUUUUUGAGACGGAGUCUAGCUCUGUUGCCUAGGCUGGAGUGCAAUGGCAAGAUCUCAGCUCACUGCAACCUCUGCUCCCUGGGUUCAGGCAGUUCUCCUGCCUCAGCCUCCCGAGUAGCUGGGACUACAGACGCGUGCCACCACACCCAACUAAUUUUUGUAGAGACCAGGUUUCACCAUGUUGGCCAGGCUGGUCUCAAACUCCUGACCUCAGAUGAUCCCCGCUCCUUGGCCUCCCAAAGUGUUAGGAUUACAGGCGUGAGCCACUGCACUCAGUUGAAGCAAAGCUAACUGUAAUUUUAUGUACUGAAUUAACAGUAUAAACCUAUAGGAUAAAGGCUCCCUAAUCAUCAGAAAGACUACUGGAAAGGAAAGAAAGCAAAUGGAGAUGUCAAAUUGUCUAAGCAUUCUUAAGUGAUUUUUCUGAACUUUUAUACAAAGAUGUUUGUAAAAAGUACACCAGUGGCUUUUACACAUAUACAUGAUUAGGCUAGAUUGUGAAGUAUAUGUCAUUUCAUGAGUCAGAGGAGACGUUUGGAUCCAUUGGGCCCAUGUGUGUCUAUAAGCACAUUGUGUACACAAUAAAAUUGUAGCCACUCAUGUAUUAAAAGAAAACUGUUUUGGUAAAAAGCUGUAUUAAAAGAAUAAUUUUUUUGCUUGAGCUACUUAGUCACUUUUUUUCAGGGCACCAAAACUUAGGCUAGUUUUUCAUAGCUUGUUUGCUAUGUUUUUAUUUCAUUUUAAAUCUGAGCCAUUUUUGGCAAUAUCUUUUAAAAAAUCAUUUUGAAACAUUUAUUGGAAAUGUAUAGAUUCACAAGAAAGAGACACCAAAGUGUUUGGGAAUUUGAAUCCCAAGAAGUAAACAUCCCAGAGUCAGAUCCCAUUUGCUGUUGUUCAGCCAUGUUUGUAUGACUGAAUGUAAUUUAGGAAAUCAGGAGUUACAGAUGAAAAAUACAAACAUGUAACAAUGGUUGUAAUUGCUUUUUUUGAACUUACUGGCUUUAACUUAAGUAAUAUAGGUGUGUAGUUAUUUUAUCUAAAGAUGUCAGAUUAUCUGUGGCCCUGUUAAUUAACUGCAGGGAUCAGAGAGAGGACAAAAAUGCCUGUAUAAUUUCUUUUAAAGGCUUGUCCUUAUGUUUGUAAUUUCGGUUAAAUAUUUUCUACAGAUUGCUUCACUUCCCCUUUCCCUCAAAAGCAAGUUUAUAUUCUUGUAAUGUUUACUUUGGUCAACAUGGUAACUUUUGGAAGAAAAUGCCAAAAUGUAAGCUUCUCACAAGCAGCAAAGGGGUGUAACUGCCGUAGCCACCACAUCCAGGGCAGAGAAGAGGCCUGUGUACUUCGGGUUGAUCUCACCGUACAAAAAAAGUGGAAGAAAUAAGGGAUACUUGAGGGUUUCUCAUUUUAUCAUACCUGGGUCAUGUACAAGGUUGAACCAUAUGAAAUUGCCAAUGUUCAACCAUUACUGAUCUACAAAAAUGACAGUAUCAUAUGCCUCAACCUAAUACUUACUAUUAAAUGCAGGUUAAAAUCUCUGUGAGGCAAAGGGAUAAUAUUCUCUAGGAACUCACUUUUGAGAGUAUUUUUCUCUAACUCCUGUGGAUCUAAAUUUUAAAAAUAGGAAGGAAUCACUUAACAGCUGCAGCUUGUGGAGAGUAUAAAACAUUUUGAGCACAAUGUCAGCACAUAAACUUUUCAGAUUGUGUUUGCACAGAAAGGGUUAAAAUCAAUUCUUUCACUUACUGCAUUGUUCAUUUCUUAUAAAGGUCUUCCUACAUUUGAGACUAGACCCUUUAACAUAGGCUGCCUUAGUAACAAAUAAAACAGAUGUCUCAUAAUAUUAACUGUCCUAAAGAACAUGUGUCUUGCAAAUGCCAUGGAACAGAAUAUUUAUUUCCUUGUGAGUAUUAUGACCAUUACCAAAGGACUGAACCAGAUUUAGGGCUCUUCUCAAUUGAUCAUGUUCAGAAAGGGACUUAUUUGUAACAUGAGAAACGUAGAAGAGAAAAUGAAAUAUGGAAAUCAUAAAUGCUUUUCUAACAGGGUUAUGCUAUUCUGUAACACUAAAUGUUUGUCUUUUCUCUUGAAAGGUUGUUUUAUUAAUUUUGUCAUACACUUCUCAAUAUUUGAAUAUAUCUUAACCAUUUUAUGUUCCAAAUUCGUUUUUUGUCCGAGACAUUCUAUCAGAAUUUUACUUGCCUCUAUAAUCUGAAAAAUGGGUUCUAUAAUGUCCCACUUGCUGUCUCUUAGAGACUGAGCUUCAUUUCUAUGAGCAAAAAGCUCAUUUCGCAAUGUAGUUAUUUCAGUAUUUAUUUCUAUGAUGGAAUCCCUGGGGUUCGGAAUGUAACUUUGUACAUGAAAUAUAUAUAAAUAUGUAUAUGAAACAUG